AUGGUAGAUCAAGCCAAAAAUUUGGACGAUUACAUAUCCUCUAGUGACAAAAUGUUUCAUGGCCUAUUAAAUCAUGAAAAGAUGCUUGAGAACCACAUCGUUCAACUAGCUAACCCCUUGAAAUAUUGUGCUAGCCCAUCUUCUUUACCCUCACAAGAAAUUGAUCCUAAGGAACCGGUUUGUUCUAUCACCACUAGGAGUGGUAAAUUCCUUGAAGAGAGUGUUCCUAGGAAGAGUAAGGAGGGUGAAGAGGGGAGUGAUUCGAGCAAAGAGAAUAAGCAUGAAGAGUCUAGCAAGAUGAGUAAGAAAUCUAAUAAAGAGCAAAAGGAGAAGGAGAAGAAGAAAGAUGAGGUUUAUAAGCCCAAACUUCCAUACCCCCAAAAGUUCAAUAGGUACAAAUUGGAUGAGCAAUUUGGACAAUGCUUUAAGGAAAUUGAGGGAGUUGUUGUUCAUGAAGGUAGUGGAGGAGAUUAUCUGGUUCCUCUUGGGACUUGGAUGUUUGAGGGAGAUGGUGAUCAAGAGUGUUCCUCUAUUAAGGACUCUAUGAUUGAUUUUCAUGCCCACAUUGGCAAUGUGAGACCUUGUGUUGAGGGAGUAGCUACCCCUUUGCCUAUUUCUCAUACCCCUUUCUCUUAA